AUCUAGAAUUUAUUAAUCAUUAAACCAAUAACACAUGAUUUUAGUACAGAUUUUAAAAUUACAGAACCAAUAACACUAGAUUUUGUUCGGAUUUUCAAAUCCAUUAAAAUACAACAACUAAUAACCCAUACUUAAUGUUAAUGCCCGCACGCAUCCACCUAAUUUGUCAUUAAGACAUGCACAUCGAGUAAUUUUUUUUUUAAGCUCUUGUCAAGCUUCAUUUUUUCACAUAAACCGAUGUAGGACACACGCAUAUCUUAUAUCAUUCAUAAAUUCUAUAACUAAAUCAGCCAAAAAUACAUGUUCAUGAGCGAAAAUAUUUUAAUAUAUAAUCAAAUAAGAGUUAUAAAUUUUUUUAGCUUAGUGUUCAUACAAUAGUUUUUAUUUUAUACUAUAUAUAAUUGGCAUGUAUAAAAUUUUCAAAAGAAAAUAUUUACCGCACAUACUCGGUGUAAACGUCCAUAUAUACGUUUGUGUGUUAUAUAGUUGUCAACCACCGACUAGCGUAUAGCGCAUUUUAGAACUCUGUUAUUUUUUUUAAGGUCGAGCCACCUCAAAUCUAUCUCAUGAUUGAAGACAAUUCAGGCAAACAAUCUAGUCAACCUUCCAUUAUCAUUUUCUUUUUUUUGUUAAAAUGAUAAUGAUUUCCUUCCAUUAAUCAUUGUCAUUUUUCUAGUCAAUCUAGUCAACCUUCCAUUAUCAUUUUUCUAGUCAACCUUCCAUUAUCAUUGUAUAUUUGGAAACUAAGUAUCUGAUUUCCAUUUGUGCACAAAAAAAGUAUCUGAUUUCCUUGUUUUUGGCCAAACAAUUUGCUAAUUUCUAUAUCAAAGAAAGAAAAAAAAAUAUUAAGGAUAGGAUCAAGAAAAAUAUAUUUUUAUAAAUAGAGGAUGGUUGUUCAUUACAUCUCACGUGUAAAAAGAAAUAAACAUCUUUGAAAAAGAAAUCAAAAGAUAUGGGUGCAAAAUGGAACUCAAUGAUUGCAGUAGUUUUUGUGGUGGCGAUGAUAAUGGCAAUGGAAAAUAUCAGCGGAGAAACAUUGCCACAAUGCCGUGAAGAUUGCAUUCAAGGUUGUGCCACCACCGGCGCACUUCCGUACCAAUGCCUCCAGAGUUGUUACCGUGGAUGCCGCGGCUUACCACCUUCUAUAAAAGCGGGAGCGAAGGGAUAGAAGAAAUGGUCAUGAAUCAGUGUUGGACUCUUGGGACUUUCAAAUUACUUCUACUACAUCCUUAUGGCAUCAAUUGUGUAACCCUAUUAAAUAAAUGGAUGAUUUUUUUCUUCAUAACA